AUGGCAUCUCAGCCAUCCACCACCCACCCCUGCGAGACCUGGGCAUCCGCCUGGUCCCAAACCUCCCCCUCCGUCUGGACAAGCAUCUACACCCCAACAGCAACCUACACCGACUACGCCUUCGGCUUCAUCCGUCGCGGCCACGGCGGGCUAAAGCAGCACUUCGACCUCUGGCGAACCGCACACCCGGACUUCCAGAUCAUCGUCCUAGAAACAUGGCCGGCCAUUGAUCUCGGCAACGGAAGAACGAAGCAUAGUAUUAGGACCAAAAACGUUGGGACUUUCACGAACGAUCUCCCGUCCAUGAAGGCUUCGGGGAGGAAGUUUGAGUUUUACGCUGCGGUUGAUCUUGUGAUGAGGGAGGAGGAUGGGCUGAUUGAGGAGGUGGAGGAGUGGUAUCAUCGCCAAUUUGACUCGGAGGCGUUGGUGGAGCGGGAUCUGGAUGGCAGUAGGUAG